AUGUUGCUGCUGCUGCUGCUGCCGCUGCUCGUGUGCAGCCUCUCUUCUGCACUCUCCUUCGCGCUCCCAACCGCGGCUCCGCCUCGCUCCGCCGCCCCCCUCCUGGCGCUCCCACCCAGCGCCCUGGACGUGCUCUCGGAGCGCGGCUCUGCACUGCUCCGCGCCUCGCGCGAGUUCGCGCUCUCCGCGCUCAGCGUCUCCACCGCGAGGCGCAAUCGAGAGCUGCUCAUCUGCUACGGCGCAGCAGCUGGUCUCACAGGGGCAGAGCCAAGCUGCUCAGAGAUGGCAGCGGCAGCGGAGAAGGAGGAAGAGGAGGAGGAGGCGACCCUGGGUCCCAGAGGACAGAGCACGGAGUCAGAGACGGCGUCUCUGACCUCGAAGACGAUGAGCUCGGGGGACGAACCCCCCGAGACUUCUGGCCCAGAGACCUCGGGCUCCGUGCAGGGACCCCUGGCCCCCACGGAGUCGUCCUCGCGUGGCUGUGCGCGCUUCGUGCGCCUGUGCGAGGCGGCCCGGCUCUCGGAGUCCACGUGCCGCGACCUCGUGCGGGAGCGCUGCGACGCGAGGAGGCGCGCGUGCGAUCUGGCCGUCGCAAGCGACGAAGCAACCGACGCCGGUGGUGGCGACGUCGCCACGCCGACCCCGUCUCGAGGCGCGCGGCGGGCAACACCGGCCGGGCCGGCGCUGGGCACAGUGGGGAGGGGCACGAGGCAGCGCGGUGUCGGGGUGCCCCGGAUCGUGGGGGGCACGGAGCCCCCCCGUGGCGCGUUCCCGUGGCUCGUGUCGGCACGUCUCCGCGGGGCGCACGCGUGCGGCGCCGUGCUGGUGGCACGCAGGUGGGCGCUCACGGCAGCGCACUGCUUCCACAGGAGCAAACGUGAGGACGACUGGGCGGCCGUGCUGGGAGAACAUGACCUGGUGGAGGUCGAUCCCUUCGAGUCGACCAUCGCUAUCAACCGCAUCAUCAUCCACCCGCACUACGACCCUCGCUCCUUCGACUGCGAUGUGGCGCUCAUGGAGCUGGCUCAGCCGGCACCGCUCAGCGCCCACGUCUCCACGCUCGCCCUGCCCCCCAGCAGCCUCCAGCUCCCGCCCGGCACCCCCUGCACCGUCGCAGGAUGGGGCACCCUGCAGGAAGACGGCCCCGGCUCCCGGGUGCUGCUCGCCGCGCGGCUGCCCCUGCAGCCCCAGGCGCUGUGCCGCUCUGCGCUGGGCCCGGCCCACGUCACGGCGGGGAUGCUGUGCGCGGGUCGCAUGGACGGCGCCGCCGACACUUGCCAGGGCGAUUCUGGGGGGCCCCUGGUGUGCACCCCCCCAAACCCAUCGCGGGCCCCCUCCGCCCCCGCCGCCCCGGUGCUGCUGGGCGUGGUGUCGUGGGGGGACGGCUGCGCCGAGGUGGGGAAGCCCGGAGUGUACGCGCGCGUGCCUCGCUUCUCGCACUGGGCCCGGCAGCAGAUGGCACUUCCCGCGGGGAGCCGGGAGCCGACGUGCGCGGAGCUGAGACAACUUCGCGCUGUCGAGGCCGGGCCACUGCGCGAGAACAGAGACUCGCAGCUCUGCUCCUUCUACUCCCGGCCCUGCCGCCCCUCGCAGACGCCCCCAGGGGCCCCCUCGGCCCCUCUGCUGGGUUCCCCGGCGUCUGGCGACGUGUGCCAGCGUGCGUCGCGCGUCUCCUGCACCAAGAAGAAGCGGGCGUGUGAGUUGCGGGAUGUAUUGGGGGGCCUGGUGCGAUCACUGGGUCGGGAGUCGGAGCUGAGGAGGAGACACGGGGGCUUCCCGGGGCCUCUGAGUGCCCCCAUCUCCCACCCACUACAGCAGCAGCAACAGGAACAGCAGGAGUGGGAAGAACUGCAGCAGAUACAGCAGUGGGAGCAACAGGAGGAUGAGAAGUGGCAACGACAGCAGCAGCCGCAGCGGGGAGUGCGACAGCAGCAACCAGAACAACAGGUGCAGCAGGAACAGAAUCAGCAGCAGCAACAACAGCAGCAACAGCAGCCACAGGGACAGCAGCAGCAACUGGAACAGCAACCUGAACAGCAAGAGCAGCGGCAGCAGCAGGAACAACAACAGCAGCAAGAACAGCAGCAGCAACUGGAACAGCAACCGGAACAGCAACAGCAGCCACAGCAGCCAGAACAGCAGCAGCAGGAACAGCAGCGACGUCGGGUAUUUAAAGUGACUGAACUUCUGGAACCGCUGAAUCGGAGACAACAUAUGCUAGGGCGACAGCAACCAGACCUCAUUCACAUGCAGCACCUACAGCUAGAGCAGCAACAACAACAGCAACCACGACAUCAACAACAGGCGCAGCAUCAACUGCAACAUCAGCUGCAACAACUGCAGCAGCAGCAGCAGCACCAAACGAGUCUGCUUCAGCAGCAAAUGAAUCAAACUCGGCAGAAGCAGCAAACGAAUCAGAGCCAGAAGCAGCCGAAUCUAACCGAGCAACGACAUCAACUGAAUCAGAUUCAACUGCAGCAGAAUCAAACUCAUGACGAACUGAAUCAGAUUCAACUGCAGCAGGAUCAAACCCAGGACGAACUGAAUCAGAUUCAACUGCAGCAGAAUCAAACUCAGGACGAACUGAAUCAGAUUCAACUGCAGCAGAAUCAAACCCAGGACGAACUGAAUCAGAUUCAACUGCAGCAGAAUCAAACUCAGGACGAACUGAAUCAGAUUCAACUGCAGCAGAAUCAAACCCAGGACGAACUUAAUCAGAUUCAACUGCAGCAGAAUCAAACCCAGGACGAACUGAAUCAGAUUCAACUGCAGCAGGAUCAAACCCAGGAAAAAAUGAAUCAGGUUCAACUGCAGCAAAAUCAAACCCAGGACGAACUGAAUCAGAUUCAACUACAGCAAAAUCAAACCCAGGACGAACUGAAUCAGAUUCAACUGCAGCAAAAUCAAACCCAGGAAGAACUGAAUCAGAUUCAACUGCAGCAGAAUCAAACCCAGGAAGAACUGAAUCAGAUUCAACUGCAGCAGAAUCAAACCCAGGACGAACUAAAUCAGAUUCAACUGCAGCAAAAUCAAACCCAGGAUGAACUGAAUCAGAUUCAACUGCAGCAAAAUCAAACCCAGGACGAACUGAAUCAGAUUCAACUGCAGCAGAUUCAAACCCAGGACGAACUGAAUCAGAUUCAACUGCAGCAGAAUCAAACCCAGGAAGAACUGAAUCAGGUUCAAGUGCAGCAAAAUCAAACCCGGGAAGAACUGAAUCAGGUUCAAGUGCAGCAGAAUCAAACCCAUGAAGAAUUGAAUCAGGUUCAACUGCAGCACAAUCAAACCCAGGACGAACUGAAUCAGGUUCAAGCGCAGCAGAAUCAAACCCUUCAAGUGAAUCCAUCCCAGGAUACAUAUCAAGUGCAAUGGCAGCAUUUGAAUCAAACAGAAGACCUCAAUCAGACACAGCAGCCGCUGAACGAAAGCACAACUCUCAAUGGUCUUAUUCCGCUCAAUAAAUCCCAGCUGUAUCAAUCUCAUCAGUGGAUAAAUGAUCAAUCUCACGAGCAGCUGGAUCAAACCAAGCAAAGACAGAACCAAAGCCAGGGACUGGAUCUGUCCGAGCAACUGAAUCAAACUGAACUGCAUCUACAACAGCAUCAGUUCCAGCAGCAGCAUCAGCCAGAUUAUUUACAACAACCGGAUCUAACCCAACCUCAACCGCAUCAAACUCAGCAGGUGCCGAGUCAAAAUCUAUCGGAUCCAUCCCAUGAGGAUCUACAUCAAAGUGAACAACUCAAUCAGCAGCUAAAUCAGUCCCAUCGCGAGGGGUACCUAUCCCACCCGGAGUUAGAUCGAACCGAACAAGUGACUCAAUCCCACGCGGAGCUGAAUGGAUAUCACCAGCAGCUGGAUCACACUAAACGGUUGAAUCAAUCCCAGCAUCAGCUCAAUGAAACACAUCGGCAACUGGAUCAAUCUCACAUAAGUAAUCGGUCCCAACUGCUCGAUCAAUCCCGACACCUUCUAAGUGAAACCCAACAACCGAAUCGACCCUACCAACAGCUGAAUAGAUCCAGCCAGGAUCUAAAUGACACCCAACAAACGAAUCAAAUGCAACAGGUGCAUCAAUCCCACCACGAGCAACAGCAGGUGGAUGAAGCCCUCCGGCUGGCCCCGGGUCCGCCGUUCCUGCCGCCUGCGUCCUCCUGUCCCGGGCUCCGAGCGGCCGAGGAAGCCCUCUCUCGGGAGACCGACUCCUGGAGAUGGGUCCUCAGGGUCCCCGAGGAGAAGCUGCUCAUGGAGUUCACGCACGUGUGGCUGGAGUCGCGCACGAGGAUUGCACGGGUCCGGGCCCUGGUGAACGGGGAGGCCCUCCUCUUCUCGACGGCGCUGGGCCCCGAGGGAGACUCCCUGCAGACUCGGCUCAUCCGCAUAAUCGCCCCCGCCCUGAGGGCGGCGCGGGCACCCCGAGGCACGCGGGGUCAGGGCCAGGCUCGUGCGGCUGGGUCGAGGUCGGGCUAAAGGGUUUUGGGGUCAGGGUUUUGCCGUCAAAGAGUCGAGGUUCGGGCCGAUGUCUCGGCUCUCUCAAGGUCGGGAGGGGUCGGGUCAAUGCCGUGACUGGUUUUGGUUGGUGGGGAUUGGUGGAGAUUUGAGGGGUCAAGGUCAUGGCUGAGUCAGAGUCAGCGUGUAGGUGCGUCGCCAAUCAGGGUCAAGGUCUGAUUGAAGGUCACGAUGAUGUCAGAGGGGUCAAGAUCACGGUCAAGAUUGUGGUCAGGGUCAAUGUUGAGCCGAUGCUCGUGUUCUACCACGCACAGCCUCG